GGUCCUCGCGGUUCUUGGCGGUGAGAGGGUCGGGGCCGGGCGCGGCUCCCUUGUUGUCACGGUCAACGAAAAGUUGAGAGGAGAGCCUGUAAGACUGUCCUGGAGGUAGUAAUGGAACCAGGCUCGAAUGUAGUCUGUAGCCUUCCUGAAUGUCUAGAGAACCAUGGGCAAUGGGAGGACCCUCCCUCAGCCUUAAGGGCGGAGAUUAGUUGUGUUGCCCCGGAAUCUGCCGACUCUUGUUUGCUCAAAGCAUUCCAUAGUCAUUUAUUUUUAGCAAUCUUGGUCCUAUGUAACUUUGCAUUCAUGUAUCGGAUUCCUGCAGUUUUUAGUGAGCAAGGAAUGAAUCCUUCAUCUCAGAAGUUAAAAUUAUAAUGUCUUAUCAGUCACCUGAGCGUUUGGAAGGUAGAGGCAAGGGAUAGAGAAUUCAAAGCCAGCCUAAACUACAGAAGACCCUUCCCCGUCUUUGCAGCAAAAAUUAAGGGAUACAAAAAGAAGUAGCAGGAGAAAAACAAGGCCUAGGGCUUUGUUCUGAACUUAAAAUCUCCCAGCUAGAAGAAUUCUUGUUAUUUUGUGUAGAGCAUGUCAGAAAGAAACUGCUUCUUGAAGGAGAAACGGUAUAAGGAAACAUUAGAAUGAAAAAAAUUUGCUGAAGGAUGAUGUCUGGAUUGGAGCGUGCAUGGGACAUUAUUUAAAUGACCUGCUGUUAAAAAAAAAAAAGAAAGCCGUUUUUUUAAUUUUGAUUUUUCUCAAGACCAAAAAGUGAAUACUACCUGUCGUCUGUCUACAUUAUUGGUUUGGAGGUACCAAGUAUAUGAUGCUGGAAAUUUUUAAACACAAACUGCUAAUGAAUGAAAGGCUUAAAACAGAUAUAUUUUUUAAGCUACCAGAAAAAUGACUAUGAAAACAGGGAUCAAGAAGACUGAUGGAAAACAAUUUAGGAGGAAACCAUAGAAAAUGUACACUUCAGAAGAGAAAUGUAACCAGAGAACUCAGAAAAGGAAAAUACACCAUGUAUGCCCUCAGAAGGGGAAAAAGAUAUAUAUUCGUGUACAUGAGAUUACUCAAAUAGAUAAUCAAAUAUAUCAGUGCCUUGAACGUGAACAAAACUUUUGUGAAAACUUAGCACAAAUGUGUGAAAGAACAUAUACUGGGGAGAAACCUUAUAGAUGUGAUAUGUGUGAGAAAACCUUCAUCCAAAGUUCAGAUCUUAUUUCCCACCAGAGGAUCCAUAAUUAUGAAAAACCUUAUAAAUGUAGCAAAUGUGAGAAGAGCUUUUGGCACCACUUAGCCCUUUCAGGACACCAGAGAACACAUGCAGGUAAAAAGUUUUACACCUGUGACAUCUGUGGCAAGAAUUUUGGUCAGAGCUCUGAUCUGCUUGUCCAUCAGCGAAGCCAUACAGGUGAAAAACCUUAUCUGUGUAACGAAUGUGAUAAAUGCUUCAGUCGAAGUACAAAUCUCAUAAGGCACCGAAGAACUCACACAGGUGAGAAACCAUUUAAGUGUCUGGAAUGUGAAAAAGCUUUUAGUGGAAAAUCAGAUCUUAUUAGCCACCAAAGGACUCAUACUGGUGAAAGGCCCUACAAAUGCAAUAAAUGUGAGAAAAGUUACCGACAUAGGUCCGCCUUCAUUGUGCAUAAAAGAGUUCAUACUGGAGAGAAGCCGUAUAAGUGUAGUGCCUGUGAGAAGUGCUUUGGCCAGAAAUCAGACCUUAUCGUACACCAGAGAAUCCACACAGGUGAGAAACCUUAUAAAUGCUUGGAGUGUAUGAGAAGUUUUACUCGGAGUGCCAACCUCAUUAGGCACCAGGCAACUCACACUCAUACUUUCAAAUGCCUUGAAUAUGAGAAAAGUUUCAACAGUAGCUCAGACUUUAUUGUACAUCAGAGAAUUCAUAUGGAAGAAAAACCACAUCAAUGGUCUAUGUGUGAGAGUGGCUUCCUCCUAGGUAUGGACUUCGUUGCCCAGCAGAAAAUGAGGACUCAAACAGAGGAGCUCCAUUAUAAAUAUGGUGCAUGUAAUAAAAGCUUUCAUCAUAGCUCAGCCCUUCUUCAACAUCAGACAGUGCACAUUGAUGACGAAUACAUCUGUAAUAUGAGUGAAAAAGGGCUUGAUCUCAGCUCUCAUGCAUCGGAAACCUCAAGGAUGUCUUGACAAGUCACAUAACUUUAAAAAUAUAUUUAUAUAUCAGAAUUCAGUAAGAGAAAGACUCCUAGGUAAAUUUCAGAUUUCCCUUCGAUCUCAGACUUCAUUGGGGUCCAGAGAAAGAGUCUACAGUCUUGGGAACUGUAAGAAAAGCUUUAUUGUAGAGAGUGGCCAUGUCAGGACACCUUUAUUGCCACACUUGGGAAGAACUCCACAAAUUCUCUGGGUUGGAAAACCUUCCUCACAAGAUUCAUACAGGUAGGAAGCUUUACAAUGCAGUAUGAGAGCUGUCCAGUAGUGUUAAGCCCUCAUUUUUACAAGACAGUUCACACCAGAGAACAACCAUAUAAAUGUUUUGUGUUGGUAAUACCUCAGACAGUAUGUAUGCCUUAUUGGGUAUCAAAAAAUUCAGCCUGGGGAGAAGCCCCAGACAUUACAGGAAAAUGCUUCUAAUAGAACUUUGAUUUUCUUACCCUUCAGAGAAGCCAUACUGGGGUAAAUGGAUAUUUGAGUGUGGCAAAAACAAUUGUUGGAGAGUCAUACAUGGGUUUGCAUUCUCCUAGACAAAAAUCAGAGUUCCUGAAUGAAGAAAACUUAUUAAUUUUCAGCUCUUGGGGCAUAUCAGGGUACUCACAUUAGUGAAAAUCCAUAAAUGCAUUGUGUCUGAGAAGCUAGAAAGAAGCUCCUAUCUAGUCGGGCCCCAGAGAAGGAGUUCUAUGGAGGAGUUGUUCCAGUAAGAGAUCUAAUUGUGGGUGAGAAUCUGUAUAUAUGCUGUGUAUGCAAAGAGCUGUUCUCAUAGUUGAACCACAUUGUGGAAAAAACAAAAAACAACAACAACAAGAACAACAAAAAAACGAGUUGUAUGGAAAUAAUGUCUUAGCAACCCAAAAGCUUGUUCUGGAGGUGCUGGGGCAGGUUAGCAUGGAUCUGGAGGGUAACUCAGGUAAAGAUGCUUUUCUUUUGUCUCAACCACUUGAUGAUUGCUUUAGUUUCACUUUAAAAAAAAGUCAUAUAUCCAAUAAAGGAAAGAAUGUACUCUUGUGUAUAA